CUCUGGUCCUGUCAUACCUAUGGGGGACCAACCUUGUGCCUCCGGGAGAUCCACGCUCCCACCAGGAAAUACGCGGGAACCCAAGCCUCCAAAAAAGCGCUGUGUCCUGGCUCCGCGGUGGGAUUAUCCUGAAGGGACUCCCAGUGGAGGUAGUACCACUCUCCCCUCGGCGCCUCCUCCUGCAUCUGCUGGACUCAAGUCGCACCCUCCUCCUCCGGAGAAGUAGUGAAAUAGA